UGUCGCCCUGUGGACAGACAUGUCUACCAAGGUGGCCAUUGUAACCGGUAGCAACAAGGGCAUCGGGCUGGCCAUCGUCCGAGCCCUCUGCAAAGAGUACCAAGGAGACGUGUACCUGACCUCCAGAGACGUAAGCCGUGGCGAGGACGCGGUGAAGACGCUGGCCGCGGACGGACUGAAGGCCACGUUCCACCAGCUGGACAUCAACGACGUGAACAGCAUCGCCGCCGCCGCCGCCUACUUCAAAGACAAGUACGGAGGAGUGGACGUCCUCGUCAACAAUGCCGCGAUAGCAUUCAAAGAGGCGGACCCGGCUCCGUUUGCGGUCCAGGCCGAGGUGACCCUCAAGACCAACUUCUUCGCCACCAGAGACAUGUUGACUCACUUCCUGCCCCUCAUUAAAGCUGGAGGUAAGGACGCAGACCUGGACCCGGUUGACCCUCCGCCCGUCUUAAUGAACAGCUCAGUGCAGGGCUGUAGGACUCGAGUCUGGUCUUGGACUCGAGUCUGGACUCAAGACCAUUUUUCUAUGGUCUUGUGCUCGCUAGUAUUUGGACUCGGUCUUGUCUUGGACUCUAACCAUUUUGGACUCUGUCUUGACUUUGACUCGACUAGUCCUGGUCUCGGACUCGCUAGUACUUGGUAUCGGACUUGUCUCGGCCGCUGGUCUUGCCAGAUAUGACUUUUGGGCUUCUGG